CAUAUGAGUUGAUUGAAUAUUUAUUUUUUACUAAAAGUAUUGUAAAGAUGACAACAUCGAAGAUGAAAGGCCUUUUGAAAGGCCUGAGAUAUAUUUCUCAAAUAUUUGAUGACGUAAAAGAACAAGAAAUACAGAUUGGUCACCCAACAGAUGUAAAGCACGUUGCUCAUAUAGGAUGGGAUGGUCCAGCAGUUGACUCACCAAGCUGGAUGAAAGAGUUCAAAUCAUCGAGAUUUCAAUCAGCUCCAUUAGGACCCCCUCUAGACUCUAUAGAUAAUCCUGAAAUCAAAUGGGUAUCUGAAGAUUCAAAGAGAGGCCACAAUAGAGCAUCAACAAGUUCGUCAAAAAAGGACCUUCCAGAAUUGCCAAAGUCCUCAAGGCGCAAUUCCGAAAAUAAUAAUAUUUCAAAUGACUCCCCAAGAAAACAAAAAUCAAGAAAAUCAAGAAAACAUCAAGCCAAGGAUUAUGCAGAUAUAUCCAUCCAAGCAACACAAGAAUCGAUAAGUUCGAACUCUGAUAUCCCACGAAAAUCGCGUCAAAAGAAGUCACAAGAGUCAAAUGGUGGUGGUUGCUCGACUAGAUCAAGAUAUAAGGGCACAAUAUCUAAUGAUAUUGAAACUUCACACUCGAAUUCC